AUGAUUACUUCGAAGCCAUAUUCCACGGCAUUGAUUGAAGCUGCAGCUCCUAUUUCGGCACUAAUCGCACCACUGGAAACUACGGAAACAGUUGUUGAUUCCAGGCUGAGGCGGCAAUCUGAAAAGCACAUCUUUGAAAGAACAGAGAUCGGAUGUGUUAGAUGUUGUUCUUGCCUUGUGAAUAUUGGUUUCGCCGUUCGAAAUGAAAAUGAGGUCGGCUGUAUCAUGGAGACCACGGUUCAUGAAACACUGGACGUUGAUCCUCGCCUCAGGUGA